CUAACGAAAUUACUCACAUUCCUGCGGCCAACCCUGACCGAGCUGUCGACGCUGAAGUAGAAACAUGGAGGGCCUGAACGCGGGCGCACUCGCAGCACCCUCAAACGCUGUGGAGCGACGGCGUGUACGGCUGCGGCGAGAUGGUCACGGCGGCGAGGGCCCAACAGCCGCGGCAGCAGCAGCAGCAGGCCAUCCACCCCACGCCCACCACGCCCAGCACCCGCACCGCCACGGUCACGGCGAGCCGGAGGAUCUAGAUCUGGAGCCGGAGCCGAGCGAGCGGCGUCAGAAGGCGACGGCGGCGGGCGGCAUGUCGGACUUUGAGCGGGUGCUAAUGGGGCGCGUGACGCUGGCGGAGCUGCAGCAGCGCGGCGUGGCGCUUCCGCCGGAGCAGCUCGAUUACCUGCGGCGGGUGCGGGGCGGCUGCUGAUUAGCUGUGUGGUGAUCAUACGCAAGCACACGCGUACACAUGCACGUGUACACGUGCAAGUAUAGAGGGUGAGACGCGGCACGGCGUGGCAUGGCAGUGCCUCAGCGAGGCGUGCUAGUAUGCUAGACGCCAGUGAUCUCCGCUACUUUGCUGGAGUGCGGGGAGUCGCCUUGGCAUCAGGGCUGGUGACGCGGAGGCCUCGGAAAUGGGCUCGAGGCCGCGCGCGAGCCGCGUCACGGCGGGCUGGUGGCAGGCACUGCUGAAUGGGGUCCUGCUGCAGCCUGGGCGCCGCUUGAGCGGGGCUGCUGCUGUGUCUGCUGCGUUACCUCCGUAGCUGCUGCCCGGCCGCGUUGGGAGGCCGCAGCGACAGCGACUGUGGCUUCGAGCCGUUCCCUCAGGGGCCUUAGGGACUCCCGGCGCAAUGCCCGGCAGCUGUUGUGCGAGCACACGACAGCACAGCAGCCCUCAGAGCCUUGGUCUGUGCACGGUGUCAGACAUGCCGGAGUUUGCAUGGUAUUAAAGGUAUUGGAAUUUUGAAACGACGGCCCCUACCCGUGCCUAAUAUUUUGGUUGCACGGUGAAUUCUUAUUUGACAUGUUUCCAUGUUAUACGUGUGUUUAUUGCGCGGCACGUGCACGCCACAAGCACGUACACGGGCACAACCACGUCCCUUUACAGAACCAGCAACUCAAAAACUCAAAAUGCUGCUUUCGUAUCAUGCUUUGAGCGGUCUACACGGCAUCACGUCACGCAUUAUUCCUGUGUGGACAUGUUGGACGGAAGGCGGACUGGACGCGCUGCUUGCCGCUGCACAGGUGGCAGCAGCACAAAGCACACGCCCAUGCAUGUGUGAAGAGUCAUGCAUCGGGAUUGGGAGUGUGCAUGGAUUCAGCGAAGAAGGUUUUCCCUGAAAUGUCGCAUUUAUAGACCCCAGGGGUAUGUAUACACACAUGAUGCCCAGGGUCAAUUGGCACUUUUGGCCCAUGGUCGGGGGCGCCUUUUUUGAGGACAUGGAGGUUUUUCCGGUUUGGACAUUUAGGGACUUGCACGUAGUCGGUCUGGGCUGACGACAGGCAUCAUGGAGAAUCUGUCGUUGGGCGGCGCACAGCUUUGGAGCCAGGAAGAUUGCCUGUGAGGCCAGUGCCGCUGACAGUGACAGGCUGGCAUGCCGCGGUCAUGAGUGUGGUCGGACUUGCGGCCCUGCUUGCACUAAGGCUUACACCCUUGCAAGUAGGGCGCGGUGCAGGUGUGCAAGCCCUAGUGCAGGCAGCGCACGGUGAUGGGGAAUGAAGGGAAGACUGCACUGCACUGCCGGGCACUUCACAAAUUAUACGGUACGCAAACGAGCGAUUGAGGUUUUUGAUUCGAGGUCUGUCUGGAAGGAGAAUCGGGACAUUUCCCGUGCGUGUGUGCGCGUGUGUGCGCCUGUGUGCUGCGGAAGUAUGCUGGCAGCAGGCGCCAGACGACAGGCAGGCCCUGGGCGGAUGUAUGGAGCGAAGGGGCAGGGGUUUGCGGGACCCCAUCGCAGGGUGUAAGCCUUUUGAACG